CCGUCACGUGUAGGUUAUGUCUAGUGCAUCAAGUAACCAAUUGUUUGUCCGCGAUGGAGCCAGCUACGAUGAAGUGUACCCGUCAGGUCACAAAGACCCUGACAGUCCCAGUGAGGAAAGGAGUCCGUCAGCUUCCUCUUCAAUAUACGAGGAUCCAGGGAUGGAGGAAUUAAACGGUGACUCUAGUGACAAUUUAAUGGAUGUUGACCCCCCAAUCCAAUCUGUCAUAGGACCUGAUGGGUUUAGGGAGUUCAUCCUUCUCCCCUUAUGGACGGUCAACGAUUUUAUUUCCAAAAUCAAAGAAACACACUUCAAAACACUUAGGGAUAAAUAUCAAAUACCCGACAAUAUACCCAUGCGUCUACCUUAUAAAUCAAAGAAGUGUUACUACGAGGGUCUUGAAGACCUAGGGAUUUAUGAGCAAAUGCUGAAGGCAGGGCUCAGGUUUCCAUUAAGCACCCUCCACCGUCGUCUCCUCCAAUAUCUUGGAUUGUCCGUCAACCAGAUCUUCCCAAAUGCUUGGAGGGUCUUCCUCAGUGUGGAGGUCCUAUAUGGUGCUAUGUCGGAUGGGGCAUGGAGGUUAAUGGUGGAAGAAUUUUUCCACUGUUACCAUCCUGCCGAGAUUACCCAGUCCAAGGGCAUGUACAACUUCACGCCCAGGGGCCCGUUACUAAGGCUCAUUUAUGAGAAUCCUAACUCCAACAAAGAUUGGAAGAGUCGUUAUUUCUUUUUUGAGGGUGACGAAUGGAUGUGUCACCCUGGUGACACCGAAUUCAUGCCCGUUGACAAAACAUGGGGCAUAAUGCCACCGUCGGGUAUGCCUCCGUCAACAAAUACUUGUUUAUGUUUCAACUUUUCUAUAAUGCAUAACGGUCCAUCUUUCUAAGCAGCCCAGGACCAUCCUCCAGUCUCACUUGAGCAAUUCAGUUUUUUGGAGAAGUUUUUUAACAAAACCAAGCUCGAAGAGAGGACGUGGGCUAAGUUGGUCAAUCUCAACACACUGCAUUGGUACUGUGAUGGACUAGAGCCAACCAGAGCCGCCCUUCGAUACGAAGCCCAAGUUAGAGCACGUAAGUUCAUCACUUUGAGUUUUUGUUAUACUUACUCAGAUUUCAACGUCCAUCCUCUAUUUUGCAGAAAUGGAUGCUACUAAAAGAAGAGCCGUCAUCAUGCAAAAUGCAUCAAAAAGAAAGAGGUUGAAGGUCAACCUAAGGAGACGGGCUCGUCCAAUCCGUCUUCAAAAAGAAAGCUCCCAGAGAAACAAGGUCGCCUACCUAAGAAACCCAAAACUGUUUUAGAGCCCGUCGUGGGUUUAGAGGCUGAGGGCAGGAAGACGGUUACUCCUACAAAGCAUGGAGUAGGGAAGGGUUUAAUGAAGGGCCCGUCCACAACCCAAGAAAAGCCACCCGUCCUCCUCCGAGAGGACUCCAAAUACGCUCUUAAGAAGCUUUCAUCCAUCAUGUCGUCCGACGACUAUGAGGACUUAGGAAAUCAUGCUAUUAAGGCCAUGGGGGAGACGGAGCUGUUUAGAAUUGCCCAGGCUAUGGUGAUGAUGAAAGGGUUGAUGGGACGGUGUUUGAAUCACGAGACGGUGCUGGAUCACGUUAGGGCAAAGGCCAAUGAGAUGGAGGAGGAAUUGAACAGUCUUAAGACUUGGAGAGUUGGUAUGGAGAAGAAACUCUCCCUCUCGGAGAAGGUCAGGAAGGAGCUUGAUCAGCAGGUUGAAACGUUGAGGAAGGUCUUGGAAGAUAAAGAGAAAGAAAUCAAGGAUGCCAAGGACCAACUCCAUCAGUUAAAAGAGGCAGCGAUCCGUGAAUAUCGCGACUCCGACGGCCUCCUAGAGGAGCUUGGGACCUCUUAUGCGAACGGCUUUGACGAUGCUAUCUGUCAGGCAAAGAAGGCUUAUCCCGACCUUGAUUUUUCUCAACUUAGCAUAAACACACAACUCCAAGCUAUUGUUCAACCCGUCGCCUCUGAGAGCACGGAGGACUUAUUUGCUGACAAUGCAGCCCCUGGCGACGGGGAGUCAGUUCCUCUCAAGAACCAGGCCCAACUCAUUGAUGGUGACGUCCGUCACUUUGUGGGAACAAUCUUUUAAUUUUUAUCCGUCACUUUGUGGCAUGUAAAAAAAAUACUUUGGAUAUGUAGCUAAUGAUUUAAAGACCAUCUUUUUAGAUGUAUCUGUCUUCUGGUGAAAUGUGAAUUGUUAAUUUUAUUAUUUUGUCGAGCCUGUU